AUGAUGUUUUUUGUUGUUCGAAGUGCCCUACGUGCUUGUAACUGUGACUCUCUCUCUCUCUCUCUCUCUCUCUCUCUCUCUCUCUCUCUCUCUCUCUCUCUCUCUCUCUCUAUUCUGAUUGACUCUGGUUUCAACUUCUCCGCCUGUUUGUAUCUACAUCACCUGUUCGUCAUCUUUCUUACUUUCCCUCUCUCCAUUUCCUUUCGCUCUAUCUCGCACUCUUUAUAUAAUACCAAAGUGGAAAACUUAUCUAUCUAUCUAUCUAUCUAUCUAUCUAUCUAUCUAUCUAUCUAUCUAUCUAUCUAUCUAUCUAUCUAUCUAAUAAAGAUGAUCCAAAUUUCCAGUGCGCAUUUUCAUUCUUGUUUUCAUCACUACGCCUUCUCAAUUCCCUUGAUGCGAAAUAUUUGGGCCUCAGGGGUCUCUCUCUCUCUCUCUCUCUCUCUCUCUCUCUCUCUCUCUCUCUCUCACACACAAAGGAACGAACAAAUACUGAUAGCUUAUAUCCCCGAGACAGAUCCCUCACAUCAAGACAAUCAUCCACUAACAACUUUCCCAGACAGUUUAUAUUGCAUCUCUCUCUCUCUCUCUCUCUCUCUCUCUCUCUCUCUCUCUCUCUCUCUCUCUCUCAGUAUAUCCAUCUUUCUUUCUUUCUAG